GACGCGGUCCCAUCUUCCUUCCUUACCUCCACUACUUCCCAAUCUUUGUUUUCUAUCAUACCCAAAUGGCUCAGGUCAUCGUCGUAGGUGGCGGUCUCGCCGGUCUCUCUGCUGCUCACACCCUUCUUGAGCGUGGUGCAAAUGUUUUGCUCCUAGACAAACAAGGUUUCAUGGGCGGUAACUCCACAAAGGCUACCUCUGGUAUUAACGGUGCCGGAACCCAAACUCAGGUAGAGAAUGGCAUCCCAGACAAUGCCAAAAUCUUCUUCGAAGAUACAAAGAAAUCUGCUCGUGAUCUCGCUCGGGAUGAUCUCAUUCGUGUAUUGACCGGUCGCUCCGGUGAUGCCGUCAACUGGCUGCAAGACAAGUUUGGUCUUGAUCUUUCCAAGGUUGCUCGUCUUGGUGGUCACAGCCAACCUCGUACGCAUCGUGGUAAUGCCCAAUUCCCGGGUAUGGUUAUCACCUACGCUCAGAUGGAGCGUCUUGAGGAUUUGUCCGUUAGCGACCCCGAGCGCGUAAAGAUUUACAAGAAGUCUCGUGUCACCAAGCUCGUGAAAGAUGAGAGCGGCGGCGUUAUUGGUGCUGAGUACGAGCGUAAUGGAAAGAUUGAGACUGCUUACGGUCCCGUCAUCCUUGCUACCGGUGGUUAUGCUGCCGACUUCACCUCUGAUUCCCUAUUGAAGAAACAUCGUCCUGAAUACUACGCGCUUCCCACCACUAACGGUGACCAUUGUACCGGUGAUGGCCAAAAGAUGGCCAUGGCCAUUGGUGCUAGCGCAAUCGAUCUGGAGAAGGUUCAGGUUCACCCUACCGGUCUCGUGGACCCCAACGAGCCAGAUGCAAAGGUCAAGUUCUUGGCUGCAGAGGCACUCCGUGGUGUCGGUGGUCUGCUUCUCGAUAACGAAGGCCAGCGUUUCGUUGACGAGUUGCAGCACCGUGACUUCGUCACUGGAAAGAUCUGGGAGAACGGCAAGUACCCCGUCAGACUUAUCUUGAACGGUCAAGCUUCGAGCGAGAUUGAAUGGCACUGCAAGCACUACGUUGGCCGUGGUCUCAUGAAGAGGUUUGAGAGCGGUGAAGCUUUGGCGAAGGAUAUGGGCUUGAAGCCAGAAGUUCUUAAGAAAACCUUCGACACCUACAAUGCCGGCGUCAAGGCUAAGAAAGAUCCUUUCGGAAAGAAGUUCUUCUCAUCAGGAGAGUGGAGUAUGAACGACUACUUCAACGUUGCCGUGAUGACCCCUGUACUCCAUUACACCAUGGGUGGUCUUGAAAUUGACCCAGAAUCCCGAGUCGUUGACUCGAAGGGCAAGCCUAUACCUGGUCUUUUCGCUUCUGGCGAGGUUGCUGGUGGUGUACAUGGUGCCAACCGUCUUGGAGGAUCAUCACUAUUGGGUUGUGUAGUAUUUGGACGAGUAUCAGGCGAUUCUGCUGCUGCAUACCUCCUGCAAACAACUGCCGCUGCUGUCGAAAAGGCGGGAGGCCGCUUGGGUUCUCUUGCUGGUCACCUGGAGUCGAAGCCAGCAUCUUCACAACCAGCGCCGAAACCAGCCAGCAGUUCUUCCGCACCAUCGAAGGAGUUCACGUCAGCUGAUGUUGCUAAGCACAACAAGAAGGAGGAUAUCUGGGUCAUUGUUAACGGCCAGGUGUUAGAUGUCACCAACUUCUUGCCAGACCACCCUGGAGGAGAGAAAGCUAUCAUCCUCUAUGCCGGUCGUGAUGCUACCGAGGAAUUCAACAUGUUGCACGAUCCUAAGGUCAUCCCAAGAUAUGCACCAGAUGCUGUCAUUGGCACGCUGAAGAAGUAGACCACUUCCCGUGUACGUACCUCGGGCGCCAAAAGUAGGAAGUUGUACAGCAUUGAUUCAUUUUCGCAUAUCUAUAUAUCUCAUUACCUACCUGUUGUGUUCGGCGUGUUUGUGAACCAUGUAUUGUAAUUCUUCUCUCUAGGCAAUUCAAAUACUGGAGGUUUCCUCUGC